AUACAUACAAAUUAUACAAAGCAUGCGGACGAACCAGGCAUGACUGGCUGGUAUCUGGGCGCCUGUUGUUUUCCUCUUCUCUUCCGUUCAAUCAUGAAUUCUCAUCGUCGCUUCUCGCUCGACGUAUUUCACUGCAUCGAAUUAGAAUUUCUAACAAUUGGAGUGAUCAGCGAAAACCCUUCUGCUGCAAGUUUCAAUCUCUAGAUGUCUCCUUGAGUUGCAGCAGUGUACUGCGAAUUUCGGAUUUUCGGUGAGCUUCUUGCUCGAUUUGGAAUCCAUUACUUGUGAUUUUCUUUCGAGGGAAGCGGUAGCCAUUUUUAUUACUUACACCACUACUUUCUCGAGGUCCUCUCGCGUCUGAUUUCACUUUUGAUAAUUACUGCUGUCGCUGGGUUGAUUUGCUCUUCCUGCUUCUUAGUUUGUUCAAUCUCGAGCAGGCGUUAAUAGUUUUGAUUUAUAAUUGUCAUUUGUUUUUCUCAAGUCAAUUAGAUACUUAUUUGAAAUUCUUCAUUCUCCGCAUCUAGAAAAAUGCUGAAAUACAAAAUCUUUACAUUACCCAGUUGAAUUGUGUAAUCGAACUUCGGAACCAAAUUUGAAUAUCCCCAUUCUUCUCCCUGUAUCUAUGUUAUUACUCUCAGUUGAUGUGAAGUCAAGCUCUGUGGAAUCUAUUUUUGCAUCUUGGACGGUAGGCAUCAAUGUCUAUCAUAUGUGGCCUACCUCUUCUCGAGUGUGUUUACUGUCUGGCAUGUGCACGCUGGGCGUGGAAAAGGUGUCUCCACACUGCUGGUCAUGAUAGUGAGACUUGGGGCCUUGCAACUGCUGAAGAAUUUGAGCCUGUCCCUCGCCUAUGCCGAUAUAUUUUAGCAGUCUAUGAAGAAGAUCUUCGCAACCCGCUUUGGGAACCUCCUGGAGGUUAUGGGAUCAAACCAGAUUGGUUGCUUUUAAGGAAGACUUACAGAGACACUCAGGGUCGAGCUCCUUCCUACCUAAUUUAUCUUGAUCAUGACCAUACCGACAUAGUUCUUGUCAUCAGGGGCCUCAAUUUGGCAAACGAGAGUGAUUAUGCAGUGCUUUUGGAUAAUAAGCUAGGGCAAAGAAAAUUUGAUGGUGGUUAUGUUCAUAAUGGGUUAUUGAAGGCUGCUGGAUGCGUUUUGGACUCAGAGUGUGAUAUUUUGAAGGAAUUGGUGGAGAAAUAUCCAAAUUAUACUUUAACAUUUGCAGGGCAUUCCCUUGGAUCAGGGGUUGCAACAAUGUUAGCAUUGUUGGUGGUGCGACAUCCGCAUAGAUUGGGGAAUAUUGAUCGGAAAAGAGUUAGGUGCUAUGCCAUUGCACCUGCAAGGUGCAUGUCAUUAAAUUUGGCUGUCAGAUAUGCUGAUGUUAUUAAUUCUGUCGUUCUUCAGGAUGACUUCUUGCCACGGACAGCCACACCGUUGGAAGAUAUUUUCAAGUCACUUUUCUGUUUGCCUUGCCUUCUAUGCUUACGGUGCAUUAGAGAUACAUGUAUACCAGAGGAGAAGAUGCUCAGAGAUCCAAGGAGGUUAUAUGCACCUGGCCGUCUCUAUCACAUUGUCGAGAGAAAACCUUUCAGGUUAGGAAGAUUUGCCCCGGUUGUGAGGACAGCAGUGCCGGUGGAUGGAAGGUUCGAGCACAUUGUUCUCUCUUGUAAUGCCACUUCUGAUCAUGCCAUAAUUUGGAUAGAAAGAGAAGCCCAGAGGGCUUUAGAUUUAAUGUUAGAGAAAGAUCGGAUCACGGAGAUCCCAGCAAAGCAAAGGAUGGAAAGACAGGAGACAUUAGCAAGAGAACAUAGCCAGGAGCACAAGGCUGCAUUGCAGAGAGCAGUUACAUUGGCAGUGCCGCAUGCAAUUUCACCUUCUCAGUAUGGAACUUUUGACGAACCCGAUGAAAGGGAAUCCUCACACUCACAGGAAUCUAAGGGCGAAUCAUCCUUCGGGUCAUCCUAUUCCGGAAAAAGCAGCAGGAAGGAAAGCUGGGACGAAUUGAUCGAGCGACUAUUUGACAGGGAUGAAACUGGUCUUAUGGUGCUUAAGAAAUCACAUAAACAUGAUAAGUGAUGUAAUUUUUGAGUGUAUGUAAAUGAUAUACAUUCAGUUUGUGCCAACCAAUAUUCCUUCAUUCAUUUGUAACCUUUCCUGUUGACAAAAUAAAAUUGUAUAUUUGCUUCACAA